AUGGAUCGUAGUAUGGACGCGUCGCAUCCGGGCAUCGGCGACGUCGACAUCCCCGGCGUGCGUCGCAUCCGGCAGUCCUCCCUCCCGCAGGCGCUGCACGAUCUGAACGACCUCUUCACAAAGCAGUUCAUUGACAACGGCCGUGCGCUGAGCCAAGCCGACGGCAUCCUGGUGAACACGUUCGACGCACUGGAACCCGUGGCGCUUGCCGCCCUGAGAGAUGGCAAGGUGGUCCCCGGGUUCCCGCCGGUGUACGCCAUCGGACUGCUCAAGUCGUCACCCAGCAGCAGCUGCACAGACGGCGCCGGCAGUGAGAAGCAGGCGGCGGCGGCGUCCUCCUCCCCCUCCCCUAUUUUUGCUUGGCUUGGGGAGCAGCCGGCGAAGUCGGUUGUGUACGUCGCGUUCGGGAGCCGCACCGCCGUGAGCCACGAGCAGCUCCACGAGAUGGCCGCGGGGCUGGAGGCGAGCCGAUGCCGGUUCCUGUGGGUCCUCAAGACGACGGUGGUCGACCGCGAAGACACGGCAGAGGUGCGCGACGUCCUCGGCGACCAGUUCCUGGAGCGGGUGACAGACCGCGGCCUGGUGACCAAGGGGUCGGUGGAGCAGGAGGCCGUGCUUCGCCACGCCGCCGUGGGGGUGUUCCUGAGCCACAGCGGGUGGAACUCCGUGACGGAGGCGGCGGCGUGCGGGGUGCCGCUGCUGGCCUGGCCGCGGUUCGGCGACCAGCGCCUGAACGCCAUCGCGCUGGAGAGCGGCGGCGCCGGGGUGUGGAUGGAGCGCUGGAGCUGGGACGGGGAGGAUGGGGUAGUGAGCGGGAGGGAGAUCGGGGAGAAGGUGAAGGCGGCGAUGGCUGACGCGGCGGUCAGGGCAAGGGCGGCGAGGGCCAGCCAGGAGGCCGCCAAGGCCGUCGCCGAGGGAGGCACCAGCUACCGGAGCAUGCAGUUGUUCAUCGGCAAGCUCAAGGCUUGGAUCGUCCCAAUGUCCGGGGGUGGAUUUUGGACAAACAUGGUCAUGAGAGUCGAUGAUGGUGCUGGUUUGGAAGAGUUCAGUUUUCCCAUGACACAGGACACCCAGGAAAUUGAUGAGAUGCCUACUGAAGUUCAAGCAGUUGAUGUGCAGCCACGUGAAGGUGCUCCACGCCCUUGCAGUACAAGGCCCUAUUUGAAGAGGACAAAAAAUUUUGAUCCAAAGGAGGAUGAAGUUGUUGUCUCCGCUUGGUUGAACGUUAGCAAAGAUCCUGUGCACGGGGCUAAUCAAUCUCGUGCCUCCUUUUGGAGUAGAAUUCGUGAUUACUAUGAGAAAAACAAGAAAACUAAAGCUUACAGAACGGAGAGUUCCAUUAUGCAUAGGUGGAUGACUAUUUUGGUGCAAGUGAACAAGUUUUGUGGAUGCUACGAAGCCAUUGAGCAUAGGAAUCAAAGUGGUGCAACCAUUCAAGACAAGAUUCCACCCCCAGAGUCCGAAGCACGAAAGAGGCCAAUGGGUCAAAAGAAGGCAAAAGAAGCUCUAAGGCGAGGAGGAGGUGAAGCUUGUGUGGAUCCUUUGGACAAAAUGUGGGCUAAGAACAAGGCUUUUGACAUGGAGAAAGAGAAGAAGAAAGAGGAGAGGUAUAUGGCUUCACUUGAGCUAGAGAAAAAGCGCCUGGCAUUAGAAGAAAAAAAAGUGAACCUUCAGUAUCCACUAUGA